AUGUCCCGCAAGAAGUCCCUUCUCAUCGGAAUCAAUUACACCGGCAGUCAGAACGAGCUUCGUGGAUGUCACCAAGACGUCGAGAACGUAGCUCAAUUUCUCAGCGAGCGAGGGUACUCAGACGACCCCCGCUCACAAGUAAUCCUUCGCGACGACCUAGAAGGGAACUACUACCCUACCGGGCAUAACAUUCUCGCGGCCAUCGACUGGCUCGUAAGUGAACCAGAUACCACGAACUUCCUCCACUACUCCGGCCACGGAGGUCAGGUCCAGGACCCGACUGGCGAGCACCCGUCUGGCGUCCUGGACACCAUCUGUCCCGUCGAUUUCCAAGACAACGGCCAGAUCGACAGCGACAUGUUGCACCAGCACGUCGUCCGAGCGCUUGCGCCCAACAGCACCCUCUUCGUAAUCCUAGAUUGUUGCCACUCCGGCUCCGCUUUAGAACUGUCGCUGGUGUAUCGUGGGGAUGAUGAUGGGAACGUGAACCUCGUUGACAAUAUCAAGCAAGGUGUUAGUCUCCUUGGUGAAGCUAACGACCUUUUUCAAGGAGGGAGAGGGGGGAGCUUUAACGUGGCGGAAGCGCAAGAUCUGUAUGCAGGUGCCACGAGCUUCUUUCGAAGUUUCAAGCAUAUGGGAGGAGGAGGCGGGAGUGGAUUGGAGGAUGGUGGCUUUGAGGAGAAUAGGGGGGAGCAGAAGAUGGUUACUAUGUUUAGUGGGUGCCGGGAUGAUCAGACGAGUGCGGAUGCUAAUAUCCAGGGGAUGAGUGAGGGGGCGAUGAGUUGGGCGUUCUUGGAGACUAUGAAGAGGAUUCCGAAUCCGAGUUACAUUGAGGCUCUGUCGGACACGAGGGCUUGUUUGAAGGAGUCUCAGUAUACGCAAGUGCCUCAGCUUUCGGUGGGAGAAAACUUUGAUCUGAAUCAGCCCCUGGCUUUGUGA